AUUCCAGCUGCCAGGCACCGCCCUCUCUCCACCCACUAGAACGCCACCCGGGUUCUCCUUCAUCCCCAACGCUCCUCACCUAGCCCCUGUCCUGAGGGUGCCCCUAACCCUGGAGCCAGCUUUAAAGGGGCAGGCCCCUUCUCCUGCCCCAGCCCCAGCCCCACCCACCGGGCCCCCAUUCUCCGUCUUCCAGGUCCAGCGCUCCCUCACAGAACUCCCCCGCACCUUGUCUCGCUCGCUCCGCCCCUCCUUCCCAGCCACAGCUAGAGGUCCCGGGCGCACCUGCAGAGCCGGAGGCUUGCUGGGGGCAUGCGCUCCAUGAAGGCUCUGCAGAAGGCCCUGAGCCGGGCUGGCAGUCACUGCGGGCGAGGAGGCUGGGGUCACCCGAGCCGGAGCCCCCUCCUUGGCGGGGGCGUCCGGCACCACCUCAGUGAGGCCGCGGCGCAGGGCAGAGAGACGCCACACAGCCACCAGCCGCAGCACCAGGAUCAUGAUUCAUCAGAAACUGGCAUGCUGUCCCGCCUGGGUGAUUUGCUCUUUUACACUAUUGCUGAAGGACAGGAACGAAUCCCUAUCCACAAGUUCACCACUGCACUAAAGGCCACUGGACUGCAGACAUCAGAUCCUCGGCUCCGAGACUGCAUGAGCGAGAUGCACCGCGUGGUCCAAGAGUCCAGUAGUGGUGGCCUCUUGGACCGAGAUCUCUUCCGAAAGUGUGUGAGCAGCAACAUUGUGCUCCUGACCCAGGCAUUCCGAAAGAAGUUUGUCAUUCCUGAUUUUGAGGAGUUCACGGGCCAUGUGGAUCGAAUCUUUGAGGAUGUCAAAGAGCUCACUGGAGGCAAAGUGGCAGCCUACAUCCCUCAGCUGGCCAAGUCAAACCCAGACCUGUGGGGUGUCUCCCUGUGCACUGUGGAUGGUCAACGGCACUCUGUGGGCCACACAAAGAUCCCCUUCUGCCUGCAGUCCUGUGUGAAGCCCCUCACCUAUGCCAUCUCCAUAAGCACCCUAGGCACUGACUACGUGCACAAGUUUGUGGGCAAAGAGCCAAGUGGCCUGCGCUACAACAAGCUCUCCCUCAAUGAGGAAGGAAUCCCCCAUAACCCCAUGGUCAAUGCUGGUGCCAUUGUUGUCAGCUCCCUGAUCAAGAUGGACUGUAACAAAGCAGAGAAGUUUGAUUUUGUGUUGCAGUAUCUCAACAAAAUGGCUGGGAAUGAAUACAUGGGUUUCAGCAAUGCCACAUUCCAGUCAGAGAAGGAAACAGGGGAUCGGAAUUAUGCCAUCGGCUAUUAUCUCAAGGAAAAGAAGUGCUUUCCUAAGGGGGUGGACAUGAUGGCUGCCCUUGAUCUCUACUUCCAGCUGUGCUCUGUGGAGGUCACUUGUGAAUCAGGCAGUGUCAUGGCAGCCACCCUCGCCAAUGGUGGGAUCUGCCCCAUCACAGGCGAGAGUGUGCUGAGUGCUGAAGCAGUGCGCAACACCCUCAGCCUCAUGCAUUCCUGCGGCAUGUAUGACUUCUCUGGCCAGUUUGCCUUCCACGUGGGCCUGCCAGCCAAGUCAGCUGUAUCAGGAGCCAUCCUCCUGGUGGUACCCAAUGUCAUGGGAAUGAUGUGCCUGUCACCCCCAUUGGACAAGCUGGGGAACAGCCAUAGGGGGACCAGCUUCUGCCAGAAGUUGGUGUCUCUCUUCAAUUUCCACAACUAUGACAACCUGAGGCACUGUGCUCGGAAGUUAGACCCACGGCGUGAAGGGGCAGAAGUUCGGAACAAGACUGUGGUCAACCUGUUAUUUGCUGCCUAUAGUGGCGAUGUCUCAGCUCUUCGAAGGUUUGCCUUGUCAGCCAUGGAUAUGGAACAGAAAGACUAUGACUCGCGCACAGCUCUGCAUGUUGCUGCAGCUGAAGGACACAUCGAAGUUGUUAAAUUCCUGAUCGAGGCUUGCAAAGUGAAUCCUUUUGCCAAGGACAGGUGGGGCAACAUUCCCCUGGAUGAUGCUGUGCAGUUCAACCAUCUGGAGGUGGUCAAACUGCUUCAAGAUUACCAGGACUCCUACACACUCUCUGAGACUCAGGCUGAGGCAGCAGCUGAGGCCCUGUCCAAAGAGAACUUAGAAAGCAUGGUAUGAGCACAGGUCAUGGACAGCCCCUGCUCAAGAAAAAGCAUGAGCUGGCCACACAUGUAAUCCAUAACCACCAAAAAUACUAUGGAGAGCUACACUGCUUCAGUGGGGACCAAGCAGUCAUUUGGUGACUUAGGCUAGUGCUUUCUAUGGGAGUCAAAAUACCCCAUUCCCUCAGCAGACAGAGUACAGAGAAGGGCCUCAGAGGACACCUGCAGUAGAGCUAUCCAGAGAGAAUGGGCUUCAAGGUACAGCCUAAUGGCUUGCCCCACUCAAAACCAUCCCAGCUCUUCACCCAGGUCUCCUCUUCCUCUCCCUGAAGAAACCAUCAUGAGAGAGAUACUCUGGUGGAGGGACUCUAGCUACCAUGCACAUGUACAUAUCCACAGAAUAUGGGAAGUGGGAAUGGCUAUAUACAUGGCUUUAGUAGUCUGGAGAAAUCUACUCCCCUUGGCCAGGACAUGCUGCUGCUACUGCUAACAGCCAAUUUUAUAGACAGAGAAAGUAUUUUGUGUUCAAAUAAACUUUAAUUACCAAAUCA